GAUAUUUUUGCUUCAGUAAAAGGCGGGUAAAUGGUAACAAGGAACUUCCUGCUCAGCUGGGAGAUUUAGCUCAGAAUUGUGUUCGUUAACCCCGGGAGAGGACGGUAAACAGACCGCAGUAAUGGCGUGUAAAAGAGGAGCUCUUAUCGUGCUGGAGGGGGUGGACAAGGCCGGGAAAACCACUCAGUGCAAGAAGCUGGUGCACGCGCUGCAGCAGAGCGGCCAGCCCGCUGAGAUGAUGAGGUUCCCGGAAAGGACCACGACGAUCGGACAGCUGAUCAGCGCUUACCUGGAGAACAAGAGUGACCUGGAGGACCACACCGUGCACCUGCUGUUCUCCGCCAACCGCUGGGAGCUGGUACCUUUAAUGAAGAAGAAGCUGGAGCAGGGCACCACUCUGGUUGUAGACCGAUACGCGUUCUCCGGAGUCGCUUUCACCAGUGCAAAGCCGGGUUUCUGUCUGGAUUGGUGCAUGAAGCCUGACGUGGGACUGCCGAAGCCGGACCUGGUGAUGUUCCUGCAGCUCAGUCCGGCAGAGGCCGCUCUCAGAGGCCAGUUUGGAGAAGAGAGAUACGAGACUAGUGUUUUCCAAAGAGCGGUCCAGCAGAAAUUCGAACACCUGAUGAAGGAUCCCUCAGUCAACUGGCGGGCAAUUGAUGCUUCUCAGAGUGUUGAGGAUGUGCACGAGAACAUCUUGACCCAUAGCCUGAACAAUAUCAACGCAGCCGAGAACCUGCCUCUCGGAGAGCUGUGGAAGUGAAGCAGUCUCGUUUUUUAAAUAAAUUAAACUUGAAUAAAUGAUGUGCCAUUGUCAAAUAUCA